AACUUUCCAACAUCCAAAAAAAAGAAAGUGGGAACAUUCAAUGGGAAGGAGGUAGUACUCCAUAAUCUUGUCCAGCCCCAAGAUGAGUUGGGAAGCUUCAGAAAAGAAAACGGACGGCGAACCCUUCACUCCAGGCCGCCUGCGGCCUGCCGCGCUGGUAGUAGUGCCCUGCGCGGCUGCCCCUUUGGCCUUCUCGGCUUUCACCCCUAAGACCCGUUUAGGUUUCAGGUACUCCUCGUCUACCCAGCCUUGAGCCUCCUUCCUUGAUUAAUUGAUUACUGUUUUUUUGAAUGAAACGAAAUGUCAGCCUUGAGCCUCAUUCGUGAUUUGAUUACUUUAUUAAAUAUUUCGUCAACUAUUAGGUAUGACAAUUCAGUCGAUUGUGCAAGCCGGACCAAAGACCAUAACACAGCUUUUGGACCAUUUCACUGAAAUAAAGAAUCUAAGAGUUGUUAGGGCAAUUCAUGCUCACCUGCUCAUAACAGGGGUAAUAUCUUUCACUCCCACUCUCCAGACCAAGAUUGUAUUUGCUUACACCACAAGCCUUCCCCCGAAAAGCAACCUCCUGCUCUGGACCUUAACCAAUUCUUUGAGAACCCUUAAUCUCAGAAACCCUUUAAUUUUUAACUCCAUUAUCUCCGGAUUUUGCGAACGCGGGUAUCAUUCACUUGCUUUGCAGACCUUUUCUUUCAUGCACUCAAAUGGCGUUUACAUAGACUCAUACGCGUUGUGUAGCUCCAUAACUUCUGCGUCUUGCACCAAAAAUCUUGAAUUCGGUGAAAAAGCUCACACCUUUAUAGAAAAGUCGGGUUGGUUUUCUAGUGUGUAUGUUGGUUGUGCCAUGAUCGACUUAUACACAAAAUUGCAAUGCAUCAGCAGUGCAGCUUCACUGUUUGACGAAAUUCCCAUAAGAAACAGUGUGUGCGCUAAUGCACUUUUAUCCGGCUACACUGAGUGUAAGAUGUGGGAGAAGGCACUUGCAUUAGCCAGAAGGCUGCCUUCUUUAUAUUUAGAGAUGGAUCAUUUCACGUUUUCCGCUGUUUUGCGUGCAUGUAUUGGGAUUUCUACAGUUGGAUUGGGAAUGCAGGUCCAUGGAUGUGCCAUUCGUAAAAUUCGUAAUAUGGAAAGCGAUGUAUUCCUACAAAGCUUGCUGAUUGAAAUGUAUGGAAAAUGUGGGCUCUUAGAAAAGGCUAGACAAGUCUUUAGAAUGACAGCGAGAAAUAGAGAUCUUGUUCUAUGGACUUCAAUGCUUGGUGUUCUCGGACGAAAUGGGAGUUACGAACAAGUGAUAGCAGUGUUCACAGAAAUGGUAACCAAGGGAAUCAAACCGGACGGUGUGUCGUUUUUGACAGUUAUCUCAGCUUGUAGCCACACUGGCCAAGUGAACCUUGGAAUGGAGUAUUUUGAAUCAAUGGCUCGUGAUUAUGGAUUAGAACAUAGUCCGGAGCACUACAGUUGUCUGAUCGAUUUGCUUUGUCGCGCAGGAGAGUUAGAAAAGGCAUGGAAAUUUGUAGAAGAGUUUUCCUCCAAAGGAAGUAGGGGUUUCACUGUUUCCAUGUGGGGAGCACUGCUUAAUGCCUGCAAUGAUAGUGGGAAUGUGGAAUUGGGUAAAUUUGCAGCUAAGAAGGCGAUUGAGUUGAAUCCUCAUAAUGAUGGGAUAUAUGUUAUGUUGUCCAACUUAUAUGCAACAAACAGUAUGUGGAGUGAGAUUGAGGAAGUGAGGGAACACAUAAGAGGAAAGGGGCUAAAGAAAGACAUUGGCUCUAGUUGGAUAGAUGUUGCGACUUGAAUUGCACUAGUUCGUUGUGCUAAGAAACCUUGACGUGUAAAUUACAAAGCCCCCAAUUGGCAGCCUUUAUCGGCUAAUUCUUGCUUAUUACACUUAAGCAGAAUACGAGUGUGUUUGGUAACACAGCUGUGGGGUGAAUCAGCAAAAUCGGGUGAAAGUGCAUGACUUGUGGCUGAAUUUUCUAAACAGGCCACAAAUUCCCAUAUACAUGAAUAUUAUUAUACCACAGCAGCUUCAUUCAACAAUUUCAUAUCAUGUUAUCACCACCCUGUGUGCCUUGUAAAUCUUUGGCAUCACUGCAACAUUCCAAAGUCUAGGAGAGAAUACACAAAUGAUUAUUCGUAUAAGGUAACAUUUUGUUUCAUCGCUGCAUUAUAUGAAUAUUCACGCUUUUCACUCAUGUUUCUCAAGUGUUGUUACUUGUUUAUGUAGGACUGCUUCUUUACACAACAAUUGGAUUUGUCUAGAGAUUGGGAGUUAAACUAACAAUUGGAUUUGGAUUCUUUAAUGUAGGACUGAUUCUUUACUUUAACAAUUGGGAGUUAAAAUAAAAGUUAUGUAUCAGUUUUUGACAUUUUUGUGAAGACCUUGCUCUAGGGUUCUCUUAAAAAUCUCUAAUUUUCGCUGCAAGCUUUCAUGUAACCGUUUUCCUGUAGAGGUUGCGAUUAAGAAGAUGGGUGUCCAAGUACUAGCUUCUAGAUGAUGCCUUUGGUAUAAUCAUAAGUGACUGUUGAACAUAUGGUCAUUAAAUGAGGGUAUGUUUGGAUCCUGGAAAAUGCUAGGUAAUGAAUAUUGCGAAUAAAAUAUGGGGCAAAAUUUUAAGCAUCUGGGGAAAUAAAGAAUAGAUUUAAACUCAAAAAAUUUAGUUGGAUAUAUGUAAAUAUAUAGUUGAAUACAUUUAAAAUUUCAAUUAUGGAAACAAUAUAAAAUCUUUCUAUAUGUAAAUAUCAAUCAUAUGACAUUAUUACACUUUCCUUUGCAAUUUAAAUAAUUGUCCCAAAUAUUUGUAAAAAAUAUAUAUAUAACUACUUUCCCAAAGCAAGAUAACAUCUAUAUGCGUCAUAUUUGGAGAGACUUAUUAUGCUUUAGGCAAUUUGUCUUGAAUUUUACAACAUAAAACCAAACAUUUUCUUCACAUUUUUUGCCUUUGCAUUUUCCAAUGUAAAAUCAAUUAUUUGAAGCCAACUGUCAGUUGCAUUUGCAUUUCCCUGGACCCAAAUACACCUUACAGGGGGUUGCUAAGAAAAUUUGGGGAGUGUUUGGAUAAAGGUCUUGGGAAUUCUAUGUACUUUGUGAUGUCAAAGUUGCUAGAUUCAAGUCUCAAAAUGAUCCCUGGUAGUGCAAAAAACAUUAUAUACGUAGUAUAGAACAGCCCUGCUUCUUGUACAUGCCGCCGAGUUGCACACGUCGUGUAAACACAGUCAAUGAAGGCUACUUUUGUGGUGUUCACAGCAGCUUGUACACGACGUCUACUUUUUUUUCACCGUGUAUAAAUAGUUUUUCUAUAUAUAAGCGUUGUU